GGAUCCUCGCGGUAGAUGAGGGCGAGGCGCCUCUUUGACGCACUUCCGGCGCGCCGGAACGGAGGCAGGCCGAGGUGGCUGCGAGCGAGCAGGAUGGUGGUGACCCGGUCGGGGCGGCAUCCGCCCGCGAGGGAGGCCACGUUGGCCGAAGACUCCCCACAGAAGACUUCUGCUGCUAAAAGAAUUCACACACAUUCAAAAGGCAGGAAGGAAUGUCUACCUGUCGACCCAACUACUGCUGAAUCACAAACCACUAGGAAACAAAGUCCAGCUUCUAGAACUCCUAAAACCAGAAAGAGGAAGAGUGGAACUACAGUCUCAUUACCUGAAAUAAACAAACCAUGUACUGAUGGAGAGAUCUCUGAAGCAGAGUCAAAUUGUUCUUCUGUGUCUGAGCUGCAGGAUCUCAUUUUAAGAGUAACUAGGAGACGGCAGAUCUUAGUUGCAUGCACCCCAGUGCCCAGUGUUACGAAAAGGCCAAAAAUAACACCAGCACAUCAGUCUCCUACUGAAGAAAACGAUGACUCUGAAGCUGAAUCACAUGUCUCGGGUAUUUCUAGAAUUGUGGUGCCUACAUUAAAAUCUACAAGGACCAGAAGAGGUAAGGCUAAAUCUGUAACAGAUCCAAGCCAAGAUUUACAUACAGAAGCUAUUUCUGAUGCUGAAUCAUCAAACUCAAACAUUUCUUCAUUUUCUGGAGUUGCAACUAUGAGAACGAGAAGUAUGCAGAAGAAAAUACAGGCACAAACUGAGGAGAAAGAUAAUGAUGUUGUACCAGAAAAUGAAAAGCAUAUCAUAAAAUCACCUAUAAAUUCAGAGGAUUCAGAUACCAGACAAGCAACCUGUUUACUAGCAAGAUCUGUUUCUCAGAUAAAUGAGCCAAAUUUCUAUAAUAAUGAAAUUUAUAAUGACUUCGAUGAUGAUUCCUACCACAUAAAUUCAGAAAAAAAACGAAUGGUGCAAAAACGCCGUUUUAAUAUAAAAGAGGGAAAACAGCCCAGUGUUGGACCUCUGAAAGAAAUAACAAAACAGAAUUGUAAGAAUUUAAAUGAAGAAGCCAAAGGAAUAGUAGAUGAGGAAAAAGAAAUAAAUAAGAAUAAUUCUCAGUUGGAGAGCCUUUCUGAACCUCAGGACACUGGCAUUCAGGGGUUAGUUUCUCAAAGGCAUUCAACCCCCCAAAGUAACAAAACCACAUCAGAACUCUCAAAUCUGAACUGUGAAUCUAUAAUGAAAUCAUUAGCUCAAACAUUUGCAGUGGUGGAAGUGGACAGAUGGAAUGAAGAGAAAGAGAGCACCAUAAAAACAGGUGACUUCACAGAAUUUGGUAAUGGUGGUAGUGAUGAAGAAGAGUGCACAGUUACUGGUAUCAGCAAAGACGGGAAUGAAGGAAAGGAUGUAGAUUUUGAGCGUGAAGCCAAACUAUUCAAGUCUGAGUUCCACACAUCCCUGGACAAAGGUGAUUCUGUUUUCUUAGUUCUCAGCAGCGAUGAAAGCCAACAGUCUGAAAACAGUGAGAAUGAAGAGGACACUGUGUGUUUUGUUGAAAAUAAUGGUCAAAAGGAGUCAUUAAAUGGAGAAUCAGAAAAUAUGUCAUGUGACAAUGCAUUGUUUGUAAUUGACACAACUCCUGGAUUGAGUACUGAUAAACAUUUUUACCUCGAUGAGAGAGACAAGGCAAGUGAGGUUGCCACUGAGGAAGAAAAAGAGGAGGAAGAGGAUGAAAAAAGUGAAGAACCAUCAGACCAUGACAGAAAUGAGUUUAGUGAUGAAGACGACUUACUAAAUAGCACAAAGUCUAAGCUUCUGAAGUUGACAAGCAGCAGCAUAGACCCUGGUAUGAGUAUCAAGCAGUUGGGUGGUUUGUAUAUUAAUUUCAAUGCAAACAAACUACAGUCGAACAAGAGAACCCUAACACAGAUCAAGGAGAAAAAGAAAAAUGAGCUUUUGCAGAAAGCCGUCAUUACUCCUGAUUUUGAAAAAAACUACUGUGUCCCACCAUAUAGCGAAUCAAAGCAUCAACUUCAGAAAAAACGCAGAAAAGAACGACAGAAAACAGCAGGUGAUGGCUGGUUUGGUAUGAAAGCUCCAGAAUUGACAAAUGAACUAAAAAAUGAUCUCAAAGCACUGAAGAUGAGAGCUAGCAUGGACCCAAAAAGGUUUUACAAGAAAAAUGAUAGGGAUGGCUUCCCCAAGUACUUUCAGAUUGGAACCAUUGUUGACAAUCCAGCUGACUUCUAUCAUUCGCGAAUUCCCAAAAAACAAAGGAAGAGAACUAUUGUGGAAGAACUGCUGGCUGAUUCUGAGUUUAGAAGGUACAACCGAAGGAAGUAUACGGAGAUCAUGGCUGAAAAAGCAGCAAAUGCAGCAGGAAAGAAGUUUCGAAAGAAGAAAAAAUUUCGCAAUUAAGAUUCACCGAGCAAGCCAUACUAAAUAUUUUACAUCUCCCUUUAUUUACUCAAGAUAUUUUGUAAAUUAGCAUCAUCACACUAAUAUAGACUGGCCCUGUUUGAAAAAAGUUGACUAGAGGGAGAAUUAGUCACAUAUCCCUCGAGAUAAAAACAGGUGUGUCUACAGAAGACCCACACAUGCCUAUUAGACGCUUUGAGGAAGAAAAAGAAAACUUUGACCAUUUUAAGAUGAUUAACAUUUUUGUAAAGUUUUCAACACUUGGUUAUUUAAAGAAAAUUGAGUUUAAAAACAUUUAGAAAAUAUAAAGUUUGUUAACGUAUACAGAAAACUUGAAAAUUACAUAAUCAAAGCUGAAUAAUACUGUAAUUCACCUGUGUGUGCAGGGAGAUGGUAGACCAGAAAUGCCCUUUUCUAAGUUCAGGUCCAGAAAAUUGGUGAAGAUGGGAUAUAGAGAUCUGCUUGAUAGAAGUAUAAAAGUCAUGGUUGAAACCAAAGUAUUCUUGGAGCAAAUAUAUAUUGGUAUAUAAUGGAAGAACUAAAGUUAUGAAAGUUAUAAUUUGAUUGAAAUUAUAAAGAAAGACUUAAAAAGUUAAGACUUCCAAGAAAGUUUGGGGUAAAGGUACACAAAGCAGAACUGUUUUCUCUCCUUAGCAACUAAAACAGGAGGAAAGAUUAAUUAUAUCCCAAUUGUGUUGUAUUCCAAGUGAAUUAGGUUAAAUCAGCAUAAUUUUAACUUAGCCAGGAAUAAUUUUAAAGUGAUUCAGUUUAUUUCAUCUCCAAUGGCAGAAGUACUCACCCUGGCUAACCUGCUUGUGGCACCCAAAGAGUGUUGCCAUUUCUCAUAAUGCUUCUUAGUGGGUUCUUCCUUAAAUGUCAUUAUUUAUGGAACUUGUUUUCCCAGCAAACUGCUUCCUUGGGACUUCAGUAAAUAUAAAAUCUCCGUAUUUUCUAUUUAUUGCUUGGGAUCAUAACCAACAUGGUAAUAGUAACAAUGACAUUUGUAGGUGGAGUCCGGCAAGUAUCUAUCUAUUCUUUUACAGAAAAACUUUUAUUCUAAGAAUAUUAAGUUUUGCUUUCCACUGGGUAAAAUAAGGACCUGUUAUGAAAGAAUAUCAAAAUGAGAGGGUUUUAAAGAACAAGAAAAGGGAGGGUUCGGUACAACCUUGAGUAACUGGGAUAAAUUGAUGGGCUCCCACUCUUAGAAACAGUGUUAGAAGAAAACAUCAGAUGACAAAAAUGUUAUUAAUACCAUUUCUGAGGUAUGUCCAGGUAUGUUUUCAGUUCAGUCUCUCCAUCACUGACAACUGUUGUUCAGAGUGAUAACCUAGAGCAUUUUAUUCAAAGUUUUCAGUAAGGGUUAAAACAAAAGAAUGCUUUCUAGCUGUUUCCCAAGCAUCUGACUAAUUAAAAUGUAAAAUGCAA